UUCCCAUCUUGGUCGCGGAGACCUUCACGAGCAUGUCUGAAAGUGGACAUGAAGUGGUUACAAGAUAGCUUUUUGCAUCAAGUUCAUGCCAUUAAAGCUGGUUUUACGUUAACAAUCUUCUCCUCGAAUCAACUCAUCAACCUUUACUCGAAAAAUGGCUUCUUGCGGGAAGCUCGGAAAAUGUUCGAUGAAAUGCCUGAGAGAAAUGUUUUCUCUUGGAACGCUGUUAUUUCGUCCUAUGUGAGAUCUGGGGACUUGAAGGGAGCGCGUGAGUUGUUUGAAGCAGCGAAAUCCGAGCGGGAUUUGGUUACUUAUAACACCUUGCUUUCGGGUUUUGCGGGUUGUGAUGGGUAUGAGAGUGAAGCCAUUGAAAUGCUUGUAUAUAUGCAAAGGCUGGAGAAGGAUGGGAUUCGGAUCGACGAGUUUAGUGUUACUACGAUGCUUAACUUGUGUGCCAAGUUAUCUAAUGUGUGUUAUGGUGCACAGUUGCAUGGAUUUAUGGUGAAAACAGGGAACGAUGCAUCUGGAUUUUCGGUUAGUUCUCUCAUUGACAUGUAUUCCAAAUGUGGGUAUUUUAACGAUGCAUAUUCCGUGUAUGAUGGUUCUGGUGUUAAGGUGGUUGAUUCGGUGGCAAAGAAUGCAAUGGUGGCUGCAUGUUUUAGAGAAGGUGAAGUUGAAAAGGCUUCUAGUAUAUUUUGGAGAAAUCCGGAAUUGAAUGAUGCAGUUUCGUGGAAUACGAUGAUUUCGGGUUAUGCUCAGAACAGAUAUGAAGAAGAAUCUUUGAGGAUAUUCGUAUAUAUGAAAGAAAGUGAUGUCAGAUGGAACAAUCACACUAUCGCCAGUGUCCUAAAAGCUUUGAGUAGUUUGAAGAUUCUGAAACUUGGAAAGGGAUUGCAUACUUGGGUAUUGAAGAACGGAUUAUACUCUAAUCAGUUUAUCAGCAGUGGACUCGUUGAUGUUUAUUGUAAGUGUGGAAAGAUUGAAUAUGCAGAGUUAGUUCAUUCAUUGUAUUGUUGUGGCUGUCCAUAUUCAAUCUCUUCAAUGAUUGUGGGUCACUCGUCUCAGCGCAAUGUAGUGGAAGCAAAACGUCUCUUCGAUUCAUUGUCUGAAAAGAAUCCAGUUGCCUGGACAGCAAUUUUCUCGAGUUGUCUCAAAUCACAGCAACCUGAGGCUAUAUUUGAACUUUUACGUGAGUAUACAGCUAACGUCAAAGAACUUCCUGAAUCUUUCGUCAUGGUAAGCAUCCUUGGUGCGUGUUUGCAAGCUUCCAUGGAACCUGGGAAACAGAUUCAUGCUUACAUUUUGAGAACUGGAAUCUCAGUGAACAAAAAGUUGAUUACUGCACUCGUUGACAUGUAUUCAAAAUGCGGGAGUGUCGAGUAUGCUGAAAAGAUCUUUGCAAAAACAUCCGAGAGGGAUGAAGUUUUAUAUAACGCCAUGAUAUCUGGCUUUGCCCAUCAUGGUCAUGAAUCGGAAGCUUUCCAUCUCUUUGAAGAAAUGACGGAUAACGGGUUCAGACCAGAUGAAAUAACGUUUAUGGCCGUCCUAUCAGCUUGUCGCCACCGUGGCCAAAUUGCAGCAGGCGAGAAAUAUUUCAACUCCAUGAAAGAGCUUUAUAACAUAACCCCUGAGGUUGAUCACUACACCUGCAUGAUCGAUUUAUACGGAAAAGCCAAUCGGUUAGACAAAGCCUUGGAGUUUAUGAAAGGUAUUCGAGUUGAAGAGGAUGCUGCAAUUCUUGGAGCACUUUUGGAGGCGUGCAAGUUGAAUAAGAACGCAGAACUUGCAAAAGAAGUAGAGGAGAAGCUGUUAAAGAUUGAAGGGUAUGAUGGGUCUCGUUAUGUUCAACUAGCUAAUAUAUAUGCCUCUGCCGGGAAAUGGGAGGAGAUGGGAAGGAUAAGGAAGCAGAUGAGAGGGAAGGAGCUGAAAAAGUUUGUGGGGUGCAGCUGGGCAUAUAUUGAAAAUCGGGUUCAUACAUUUAUCUCAUCUGAUGUUUCCCACCCGGAAAAAGAAGAUAUAUAUUCCAUGCUCGAUUUCUUGACCAAAGACCUGUCUGAUGCUUUUGAGUAUAUUUGAUCAGAAGUCAUUUUCUUCCGA